UGCCCGUCACUGCUUGGGGCAGUCUCCACGCAUCCUCUCAUUUUGUCCUUUCACAGGGGCUGUAGGAGGUCAGCUGAUUCGCCAAGGUCACACAGCUGGUGGGUAGCGGAGCAGAGAUUUGAACCCAGGCUGUAGAACUGCAGAACUGAAUCCCCCGAGGAGCAUUUACAGACUGGGGCUGUGCCUCCCAGCCGAGACUUGUAGGAUGAGCUGGAGCUCACCAGGCAGGGGGGAGAAAAGGCACAUGGGGGAGAGGGUAUCAUGCGUGCCAGAGCCGUGGAGGUAUGAAAGAGCAUGACAUGUCAGGGAUUAUAGCUCACUCAGAGAUGGGGUGUGUGUGACAGGAGAGGAUGAUGCUUGAGAGACGGGGAGGUAUGAAAUCCUAUGUAGCCAUGUGAAUCGUGCUGAGGACCACUGGGAGCCACUGGUGGAAUGGGAUGGAGGCAGAGAAAGAGCUGUGUGACAUUGGGCAGCUUGCUUAACCUCUCUGAGCCCCAGCCUCCCAUCUGGGAAAGGCCUCUAAAACUCAGCACUGCGAAGAUUGUUCAUUUUGUUGGUGACCAUGAGGAACAGAGUGAAAGAGUGGCCUGCAGUGGCACUGGUGGACAGCCCUGUUGAUUUGUGACCUCCUGGCUUAUCCUUAUUUACAAAGUGCCUGCCACAGGCAAGGCAGUGUGUCCUCAAGUGCUGUGGCGAGGUGUAGAGAUGUAGUAAGACUCAUGUUGAAGACUUGCAGCCUCGUGGAGGGCGCAGUGAGUGUUCUCACGGGUACUGUGAUAAAAGACACACAUCCCCAGGGCCACAAGAGACGAGUAUUCCGACAAAAUAUCGGAGGCAUGGAGGUUCCUAAUGCCUGGGGGACCAAGGGCAGGUACACUGAAGGAGAUAACUCUUAACUCUGCCAGAAAGAUUCGUGAAGGAAAAGAUCGGGGUAAGUCAUGGGCAUCUUCCAGGUAGAGAGAUUGGGGGAAAUAGAGAAAAAUAAAAAACCGGUUCAGGUGCGGUCACCCAGAGGGUCAGAGUAUCAGCAUUUCUGGUAUCUGAUUCCCUGCGGUUUCCAGAUUACAGAGGGGAAGCAGAGGUCAUCAUAGUACGAAAAUAUUCAGUGAUGAACUUGCCACGUACAGACUGAGCCUCCACUCUAUCACCCCUCCCUCUGUAUUCAAGCCAGGCUCCGGGACCAUCUACAUCUUGGUCAUCUCUCCCAGCUCGUAGGAUGUUUUGCAAAUACAUACAGGACAAACACUGAAAUUGUAACUCUUGUGAGAGAGGCAAGACUUCAUGAAAUGAAAGCAAGCGAUGUUGGAGGACUGCUGGAAUGACAUGUCAAGGCAGUAAUAGAUGAGGAUCUGGCAGUGUGACACCUGAUGAAGAAAAGGGGAAAGAGGCUUGAAAAUCAAACAAGCAAGCCCUUGAGAGAUCAAUUGGAAUCUCAUUUUCAGCUUCUGCCAGAGCCAGGAGCAGUUGGGAAAGAAGGCUGUGUUCUUUGAAGACCCUGCAGGUGUCUGCCAGCCUUAAAGAGCAGGAUGGAUCUUGAUGUGGUCAACAUGUUUGUGAUCGCAGGUGGGACGCUGGCCCUCCCCAUCCUGGCAUUUGUGGCCUCAUUUCUCCUUUGGCCGUCAGCGCUGAUAAAGAUCUAUUACUGGUACUGGCGGAGAACGUUGGGCAUGCAGGUCUGCUAUGUUUACCAUGAAGAUUAUCAGUUCUGUUAUUCCUUCCGGGGCAGGCCGGGGCACAAACCUUCCAUCCUCAUGCUCCAUGGAUUCUCUGCACAUAAGGAUAUGUGGCUCAGUGUGGUCAAGUUCCUUCCAAAGAACCUGCACUUGGUCUGCGUGGACAUGCCGGGACAUGAGGGCACCACCCGGUCCUCCCUGGAUGACCUGUCCAUAGAUGGUCAAGUGAAGAGGAUACACCAGUUUGUAGAAUGCCUCAAGCUGAACAAAAAACCCUUCCACCUGAUAGGUACCUCCAUGGGUGGCCACGUGGCUGGGGUAUAUGCUGCUUACUACCCUUCAGAUGUCUGCAGUCUAAGUCUUGUAUGCCCUGCUGGCCUGCAGUACUCAACUGAUAAUCAAUUUAUACAGCGGCUCAAAGAACUGCAGGACUCGGCCGCCAUGGAGAAGAUCCCCUUGAUCCCAUCCACUCCAGAAGAGAUGAGUGAAAUGCUCCAGCUCUGCUCCUACGUCCGCUUCAAGGUGCCCCAGCAGAUCCUGCAAGGCCUUGUUGACGUCCGAAUCCCUCAUAACAACUUCUACCGAAAGCUGUUUUUGGAAAUCGUCAGUGAGAAGUCAAGAUACUCCCUCCAUCAGAACAUGGACAAGAUCAAGGUCCCAACGCAGAUCAUUUGGGGAAAACAAGACCAGGUGCUCGACGUGUCUGGGGCAGACAUGCUGGCCAAGUCGAUUGCCAACUGCCAGGUGGAACUUCUGGAAAACUGUGGGCACUCAGUGGUGAUGGAGAGGCCCCGGAAGACAGCCAAGCUCAUUGUCGACUUCUUAGCUUCUGUGCACAACACAAGCAACAACAAGAAGCUGGACUGAGGCCCCACGACCGCAGCCUGCAUUUGGCACUGAGCAUCUGCCCCCAUCUCCAAAAUCUGACGCGGCCACCACUUCUCAGGGAUCCUGCCCCAAACGCGGUCAGAGAGCCAGCGUCCCUGAGGAAGCCAGUCCCCUAUCCCCAGUCUCGACAGAUCCACAGAGCUUCGGGAGCCACGAGCAGAUCUCCAAGAUAUUUUUCACAAUGUAGAAACUCACAUGGAACAAAAUUAAGAAAACCCAGCCAUGAAAUCUACCCAGAAGUCUUCAAGUUCAUGUUGCAAAGCGGCUGCCUUGGACCCUAAUCACCGAGACCGUUUUCUUUCAAAACAUCCCUCACAGACUGAGACUCGAGGUUUUUCUGUUGCUUCAACAUCCUCCCCUGCAUGGUCAGUGGCUGUUUUAGGAGCAUUAGUCUCCAUUUGCUGAGCCCCUCUUGUCUAUGUCUAGUUUAAGUUUUAUGUUAGAGACCCCUAUAUGAAUGCAGUUCAUCAGCUGCAAGAUCAGGGAGGGAAACAGCAAGCUAUGAAAAACAUUAACAUGCGAGGAGGGGUGUGUUUCCACUGCUGCCAGCCCUCCCACCUGCCAGAGCAGUGGGGAACACAGGUGGGUGGUUUGAUGGGCCCCCACAUGUCAGCUCCAUCACCAGGAAGCCUAGAACAGUCAUAGUGCGAAGAGCACCCGGCAGGGUGGGUUUCCUGGGAAUAACUUAUUAUUUUUAAAAAUAGGACUAAUAAAGCAAUAAUGUUCUAGACAUCUGUAUCUAAAUAAUCACACAAAAGCACCUCGUGGGCCUCGUGUCUAUCUUGCUGUGCUACUGAAGACCCUUGGGUGUAAAAUACUAGUUUGUUAAUGAAUUCUGUGAAUUCUGUGAACAGUAAUGUGAUUGAAAAUAAGUCUAAACAGCUGUAAAAGUGAUCACAAUGACAUGACAUAAAUUUAAUAAAUCUAGAUCAGCAACAUGCA